AGGACCCAAGAGUAGAUAGUACAUCAGUGCACACUUCGCGAUCUGAUUAACGAUCUGAUGGCUUCAGCGGCUCGGACAUCCCUUGUGCUCCGCGUCCUGCUCGCGGUGUCUGUCGCCGCGGUGGUGCCGCAGCGAGCCCUCUCGGACCCGACGCCGCUCCAGGACUUCUGCGUGGCCGACCUGCAGGCCACGACACCGCUCGACGGGUUUCUGUGCAAGGCGGCGUCGGCUGUGGUGGACGAUGACUUCUUCUCCCGCGCCAUCGUGCCGGCGGCCAGUACCCGCAACCCGUUUGGCGCCAACUCCACGCGCGCCACCGUGGCCACAUUCCAGGGCCUAAACACGCUGGGGCUCUCUAUCACGCGCGUCGACCUCGCGCCGGGCGGGCUCAACCCGCCGCACUCGCACCCGCGCGCCUCAGAGCUCGUGAUGGUGCUCAAGGGCGAGGUCAUGGUCGGGUUCACGACGGGGGCCAAUCGGCUCUUCUCCAAGGUGGUCAAGGAGAACGAGCUCUUCGUCGUGCCCCGCGGGCUGCAGCACUUCCAGCUCAACACUGGCGCCAGCGAUGCGGUGUUCGUGGCGAUGUUCGACAGCCAAUCGCCUGGCGUGGUCACCCCCACGUUCUCGCUCUUCGCGACAAAACCCGCCAUGCCGAUGGAGGUGCUCACCAAGACGUUCCUCAUGGGCGUGGACGAAGUCGGCGCCAUGAAAUCCAAGUUCGUCGGCUUUUGA